AUGGUGGCACGUUUCCCGCAUUUCCAGGUAAUACUCUAUCCAAAUGAAGGAGAUAUUCAGUCUCAGGCUGGACUUGCAUCAGUGAGGAGUGAUACAACCUCCACGUUUACAUCUAUCGCUGCUAGAUUAGAGAAGCUUAGAAAGGAGAAGGAUGGCGUCAAGACUGAGAAGAACGGUUAUAAUAAUAAUACUCGUGAGGAUCUUAAGAGCUACAAAUCUUCCCCAAACUUUCACAAAUUGAACUCCAUGAUUGAUAGGAAUCUAGCUGAUACGUUACCAUCAAUGAUGAAGUUUACUGAAGAUCAAAUUGGGCAAUUGUUAUCUGCAUUUUGGACACAAUCAACUCUUUCUGAUAUAUUACCUUCAAACAUUGAAGCUAUUGCUCAUUCUUUCAGCUUGGUGCUUCUUUCCUUACGACUGAAGAAGACUGACGACGGGCUUGUUGCACGAGCCUUCCAGCUUCUCUUCUCACUGAGGAACCGUUCUUUGGACCUUAGUAAUGGCACGUUACCGACGGUUUGCAAGCGGUUGAUCCUUGCUUUAUCCACAAGUACAUUGAUGUUCGCUGCCAAAAUAUAUCAGAUUCCUCAUAUUUGCGAGGUGUUGAGGUGUCAACUUCCUAGUGAAGUAGAUCCGUAUCUAUUCAUUGGCGACGACUUACAACUUCACGUAAGACCAAAUGCAAAUAUGAAAGAUUUUGGGUCCUCAGGAGAUAACCAGAUGGCUGCUUCGAUGUUGUUUGAGAUGCGAAGCAAAGUAGAACUCUCCAACACUAUCAUAACCGAUAUUGUGGCAAAACAUCUAUCUAAGAGUACAAAGCUCGAGGAAACUGAUGUAAGGAUGCAACUCUCUGAGCCAUUCACACCUGAUGAUGAUUUCAUGUUUGGAUCACGGCCUAUCGUUGAGCCUGAACCAAACCAAAGUAUAUCUAAGGAAUCAUCACUGUCCUUCGAUGAGGACGUAAAUGCAGGUUCAAUGGUUGAGGACGAAGCGACGAGUGAACUCUCUGUACGUUUUCACCCAAGAGGGUCCUCUUCACCAUCUAUUCCUCAACUUAUCAGCAUUGACCAGCUCAUGGAAUCUGCCCUUGAGGUGGCGGCUGGUCAAGUAGUGGUUGUCUCAUCUGUCUCCACUUCUCCGCUUCCUUACAAUACAAUGACAAACCGCUGCGAAACCUUUGGGACUGGGACGACACAGAAGAUCUCAAAGUGGUUGGCCACCGAGAACAGCCAGGUGAAUGGGCUCUACAGAAAUUCAUUAGAGGAGUCAUGUGCGUUUGAAAAGGUAACAACAGAAGAUAAUAGGAGAGAAUCUGGUGUGCAGCAUAUGAGUAUUACCUAUUGUUAAUAUUAUCUGCUGAGGUCUUAUCUCUGCCAUCAUCAUUGGCCCUUGCCACCGUCAUCUAUUAACAUGAGGGCCAAUGAAGCCUCUUGGUACGUCUCCAGAGCUAAUGACGUUUCUGUCAAUCGCACCUCCACGGUUGAAAAACAUAGGGCUGACUUCUAUUCUGAAAAAGGAUUGAUGAAUUAGCCAUUUUAGAGGAAUAUAGACACCGCCUUGCAGAGAUCGAAGAAGAAAAAGACUCUUUGAUUCAUUGUGGAAGAAACACCAAACCCUAAAUUUUUUUGCGGCUGGUCUCGAUGUCUAUGAAACGUAGAGUUUAAGAUAUCUCCUUACUGAAACGCUGAGUUUUGUCUACAGAAGACACGUGUCGCCUGGACAGAAGCAAACUUUGUGACCUGGAAUCUAAGUGUCUCUCUCAGGAGAGAGAACACAACUUUAUAAUAAUAGAUUGAUAUAUAAAGUUGUCUACUCUCGAGAGAGACAAAGGAGUGGAAUCGAGCUCUCCUGGAGAAGCUACUACCAAAGCUAUCUGAACACAUCCUGAUGCUACGACCUAGUCUCACGAAUGCGCCUGACUCCACUG